CCCAAAACUAUAUAACCAGCCAUGGCAAUUCAAGGUUCUCAGUCGCAGCAAAUGUUGGUAUUCUGCCUCAUAGUCCUCCUGAUUAGCUCGCCGUCGUCUCGUAGUGGGGGUGUUGUAGCAAGUCAUGACUUUUUUUCAAAUUCAAUCAAUCGAAGCAGUUUCCCGGCGGGUUUCCUCUUCGGCACCGCCUCAUCUUCUUUCCAGUACGAAGGUGCAGCCAAGGAAGGAGGGAAAGGCCCAAGUAUAUGGGAUACUUUCACUCACAGAUACCCAGAUAGGAUCAAGGAUGGUAGCAAUGGAGACGUGGCCAUCGAUUUUUACCAUCGGUAUAAGGACGAUGUUGACAUGAUGAAAGAAAUUGGGAUGGAUGCUUUUAGGCUCUCCAUCUCGUGGCCGAGACUCCUACCUAAUGGGAAGUUGAGUGGGGGAGUAAACAAAGAAGGCAUAAGAUUUUACAACAGCCUCAUCGAUGAACUUCUAUCCAAUGGUAUCCAACCUUUUGUGACACUUUUUCAUUGGGAUCUCCCGCAAGCUUUGGAAGAUGACUACGGUGGUUUCUUGAGCUCUAAGAUCAUUGAGGAUUUUCGGGACUACUCGGAGCUCUGCUUUAAAGAAUUUGGUGACCGGGUGAAGCACUGGAUUACCUUCAAUGAGCCAUCGAUCUUCAGCAAUCAAGGAUACUCAUUGGGUAGGUAUGCCCCAGGCCGUUGUUCUCGAUGGGUGAACAGCAAGUGCUCUGCUGGAAAUUCCGCUACCGAGCCUUACGUGGUGGGCCACAAUCAGCUUCUCGCUCAUGCAGCCACAGUGAAGCUGUACAAGGAGGAGUAUCAGGCUGCCCAGAAAGGCAAGAUUGGAAUAACACUGGUCUGUCACUGGAUGGUGCCUUUCAGCAACGAGAAGCGCAACGUUGCUGCUGCCCAGAGAGCCAUUGAUUUCACGUAUGGAUGGUUUAUGGAUCCGUUGGCCCAUGGCGACUACCCAAAAAGCAUGCGAUCUCUAGUCGGAACUCGGCUGCCGAGAUUUACCAUAAAGCAAUCUGCACUGGUAAAAGGGUCAUUCGAUUUCCUUGGAUUAAACUACUACACUGGAUUCUAUGCUGCUGAUGCUGCUCCCUCCAACACUAUUGUCAACGUAAGCUAUAAUACGGACUAUCAUGUUAAUACCUUUACCCAGCGAAACGAGACCCCUAUUGGUCCAAAGACAGCGGUAUCUUGGCUCAGUGUUUAUCCCCGGGGAAUUCAUGAUCUUCUAAUUUACACCAAGACAAGAUACAAGAAUCCGGUUAUAUACAUAACUGAGAAUGGCAUCCCUGAACCCAACAAUAUCACGCUGAUAAUGGAGGAAGCCCUGAAGGAUGACGUGAGAAUCAACUACCACAGUAGGCAUUUUCAGUUUCUUCUGAGAGCCAUCAAGGAGGGUGUGGAUGUGAGAGGAUAUUUUGCAUGGUCAUUGUUUGAUCACUUUGAUUGGGCUUUGGGUUACACUCUUCGGUACGGUAUCGGAUAUGUGGAUUACAAAGACCGAUUGGAAAGAUAUCCCAAGCGUUCGGCAAUUUGGUUCAAAAGUUUCCUCAAAAGCUAUAAUAAAAUGUAACUUAUCUUAGUGCCAGCUUAUGAUAAGUAUGUAGUACUCAUUGUGUCUCCGAAAUUAUAAUUUACCAAAUAAAUAAUGAGAUAAGAAUGAGAAAAUAUUAACGCC